CUGGUUGGCGAAUGCCUGCGCGCUGCUGCUGGAACACUUCCUCCCUCCCCCAAAAAAACGUUCUUUGCCGUGCAUCGCAAACCAGUCCCAUCCAUCAACACCAACUCUCUCACAACGCAACCAUGAAGCGCAAACUCAACCAAGACGACGAGCCACCAGCGGCCGAUGCGGCCGCCGUUGCCGAACCAGAAAAGAAAAAGGAAAAAAAGGAAAAGAAAGAGAAGAAUGCGGUCGAGAAAGAAAAAGAGCUGAGCUUUUCCGAGCUGGGACUAGAUCCCAGAUUGGUCCAGGCGGUUGCGAAGCUCGGGUUUGAGAAGCCGACCUUGGUGCAGAGGAGAGCGAUCCCGCUUGCGCUCAAGGGGGAGGAUGUUCUCUGCAAGGCCAAGACGGGGAGUGGGAAGACGGCGGCGUAUGUGCUGCCUGUGUUGCAGGGGAUUUUGGGGAGGAAGAAGACCGACAACACACCCACCACGGCGGGCCUGAUCCUCGUACCGACGCGCGAACUCGCCGACCAAGUCCACAAGGCGAUCGAGGAGUUUUCGGCCUUUUGCGCAAAGGAUGUGACGGCGGCGAAGUUGACGGAGAAUGUUUCUGAUGCUGUUCAGAGGAGCUUGUUGGCCAACGUGCCGGAUGUGGUUGUUUCCACGCCUGCCCGGGCGUGGAAGAGUGUCGACUCGGGCGCGCUUUCGGUCGCGAAUCUUCAGUACCUUGUGCUUGACGAGGCGGAUCUUGUCUUGUCUUAUGGGUAUGAUGAGGACAUGGAGAAUCUGGCGAGGUCGAUGCCGAAGGGGGUGCAGACUACCAUGAUGUCUGCGACGCUUUUGUCGGCGGAGCUGGACACGCUGAAGGGGAUUUUCUGCAGGAACCCGACGCUGCUGGAUUUGAAGGAGGAGUUUGGGGAGGAGGAUGAAAAGUUGACGCAGUAUUAUGUCAGGACCGGGGAGGAUGACAAGUGGCUGAUUAGCUACUUGAUCUUUAAGCUGCAGCUGAUCAAGGGACCUUGCUUGAUUUUUGUGGCGGAUAUUGACAGGAGUUAUCGGCUGAAGCUGUUUUUUGAGCAGUUUUCUAUCAGGAGCUGUAUCCUCAACUCGGAGCUGCCGGUCAACACGAGGAUCAAGGUGAUUGAGGAGUUUAACAAGGGAAUUUAUGAUAUUAUUAUUGCUAGCGAUGAGAGGAGUGAGGUUUUUGGGGAUGAGAAGGAGGAGGAGACGAAGGAAGAGGGGGAAGGGGAGGAGAAGAAGGGAAAGAAGAAGGGGGGGAGGAAGGGGAAGAGGGAUGAGGAGUAUGGUGUUUCGAGAGGCAUCGACUUCAAAAAUGUGGCUGCAGUUGUCAACUUUGACCUGCCCACGUCUGCGUCAUCAUAUACCCACAGGAUUGGGAGGACGGCGAGAGCGGGGAGGACGGGGAUUGCGAUGUCGUUCGUGGUGCCGAAGGAGCUGUUUGGGAAGCACAAGCCGACGUCGAUAAAGAGCUGCGAGAAGGAUGAGAAAGUGCUGGCCAAGAUUGUGAGGGCGCAGGGGAAGAUGAAUCGGAAGUUGGAGCCGUAUAAUUUCAGCAAGGAGCAGAUGGAGGCGUUUAGGUAUCGGAUGAACGAUGCCCUCCGCGCGGUAACAAAGGUGGCGAUCAGAGAAGCGAGGACGAGGGAACUGAGGCAGGAGCUGUUGAGGAGUGAGACUUUGAAGAGAUACUUUGAGGAAAACCCCGCCGAGCUCUCCCACCUCCGUCACGACGGCGAGCUGGGCCACAAGGCAAGACAGCAGGCCCAUCUGAAGCACGUCCCUGAUUAUCUUUUGCCCAAGGAGGCAAAGAAAGAGAUCACGAAGGGGUCGGUCGGGUUUGUGCCGUUUAAGAAGGUGGAUAAGGACAAGAAGCACAGGGGCAAGUUUGGGGCGAAGGGGAAGGGGAGGUCGUUCAAGGUUGGUGGGGGGAGGAAGGGGGAUCCGUUGAAGACGUUCAAGGUCAGGAGGAAAAAGUGAUGAGCACGAGGACACGAGCGAGUGGGUGAGGCUGAGGGCUAUGUGGUUAAAAAAGAGAUGAGUUUAUACCAUGUGGCAUUUUGUUGGGUUCUGUGUAUAAUGGGAAUUUCUCUUGUUUUCUGACAGGAUCAAGACAGAUUUUGUGACAGGUUUCAUUCGGCUUUGAGGGGUAUGGUAGGUUUGGCACAGAAGUCCGAGGGGGCGUAUAAGACGUCUGUUCUUUG